AUGGCCUUCUUCAGCAGCCGCCCGUCGCCGCCGGCGCCGGGGGCCUGGGGUGCCCAGCCCCAGAGCUAUGGCAGGCCUAGCCCCGGCAGCCCCUUGGGCGGAAGCAUCGCUCCCCCAGCGCCGCCUGCUGCCCCUGGGGCCCCAGGCUCGCCUGAGCUGGGGGCGCCCGCACCCAGCUGGUCUGGCCUCACGUCUCGGUUCUUCGGCGGGUCUUCGCUGCAGCCCAUCAAUGAGCAGGCGCAGUCCACGUGGCAGCCCACUGGCUGGCAAGGCCAAGAUGUGCCGCCGCCCCCGCCAGGAGGAGGUCCCUGGUCUGACAGCUGGCAGGGCUCAGUGUCCAGGCGUUCGGGGACGGCCCUGGUGGGGCUGUCCAACAGCAUCAACCAGAUGGGCAGUCAGAUCAACCAAAUGGGCAGCCAGUUCAACCAGAUGGGCGCAAUGAGCUCGCAGUGGAUGGGCAGACAGCGUCCAAGACCAGCAGGAUUCGGAUACCCCCAGGUGGAGGAUCCCGGAGGUGCAGGCGCCUCCCGGGUGCCCUGGCUGGUGAAGCAGCAGGACCAGCCCCUACCCAGCCUUCAUGUGAAAGAAGAAGGGCCUGCAGGUCCUGCGCAGGAGGCGAAGCAGAGACGCAGCCAACUCAUAGAGGCGCUGCGGCGGCGGCACAAGAGUGCGUUGGCAGCCCAUGAGGCGAAACCAACGGUUCGCCCCGUGGAAAGACGAUCCUUGCAGAUGCUGGUGACGGAGGAGAGCGGUCGGGGUUGCGGCCGUUGCUCCUCUCGGUGA